GGGAACAAGGCAUUGUUUGACGUGAAAGUAGAAGGAAAGUAGCUGGAAUUUUAAAAAACGCUCGGCCGAGAUAAACAAAAGGAUGAAAAUUGUCGUACCUUUCAUUAUUUUGCUACCGUUGGUUCGCAGCAAUAAAACGCACGAAUCAUCCCAACAGAUAGGAGCGAAAAGGAACUAUUGUGGAGAAGGAUGUCCAUCCUCAUGUUCCCCAACGUGUACUUCAGAUUGUUGUACCCCACUACUGAUAGCACCUCCAGUCCCAAUCUGCCCUGAUCCCUGUCCACAGUCUUGCGCACCUGCGUGCACCCCAAGUUGUUGUGCUGGUCCGCCAGGUAUGCCUGGCCCUCCAGGAUGCCCUGGUGAACCCGGAUGUCCGGGUCCUCUUGGCCCGCCUGGUCCACCUGGAUGCUUAGGUCCACCCGGUCAGCCGGGGUGUCCAGGAUUGCCGGCACCACCAGCACCAUGCGCACCAGUGUGCAUUCACCACUGUAUGAAAAUAUGUCCAUUGCCAUGCUGUAGCCCCCAACAACCUCCUUGCCCGUGUCCUGCACCGUUGCCAGUAUGCCAUGCCUGCCCUCUACCGCCACCACAACCUCCUAACCCAGCAUGCUGUCCCGUUAUACAAACCCCCUGUCCAUGUCCAGUUCCACCACAACCCGUAUGCCAACCAUCGUCCCCAUGUCCUCCUCCCAUACCCGCUCCACCUCCUGCAAUCGCUUGCUGUGGAUGAAAGUAAAAUGGCAAAGUUCUUAAAGACGAAUGAAUGAUAACAUUGAACUACGCUUUUUAAAAACGCUAGUUCAAAAUAUACAUGUGUUUAAACAUGUACAUGUAUUUAUUUAUUUAUUUUAAGACAAUCAAGGCAGUAACUUAUGCAAUAGGGGAAGCCAGCCUGACGAUUUUGUCCCGCUAUGUAAAUUUCGAGUUAUUACAAU